UUUUUUUUCUCCAAAAAGUGCUCGGCCAUGGCAAGUAACGCACUAUUCAAACGCACAUUCUUGGUCGGUAAUCGGGUGCAUAGCCUGAGCCCUUCCUGUAAAAAAGCUUAUAGACUCUACUCCAGUCGCCAUGCUUUUGACAAGUAUGCUUUAGCUUCGGCUUCAGAGAAUAAGCCUCAGAGCACAAUUUUGCAAGCUCUUCGAACCCGCAAUCCGAACACAAUCUGGAAGAAAUAUAACGAAUUGGAGGCAUCAGAUGAGCUCAAGUCUCUAUCAACGGAGUUACAUUCACUCACAUUCCAGUCUCUCAAGCCCAAGAACAAGAAGGCGUACACUACCAAGGAAAUGGAGGUGGUUAAGGAGCGACUUUUCCAUAUUUACGACAAAAUGAAGGCGACUGGGGUUUCCAUAGAUGUCCGAGAUUACAAUCACAUGUUGAAGUUCUUUGGACGUGCUCGGGAUUUUGCUACAUGCUCAAGAAUUUGGCAAGAACUCAACAGAGCAAACACCCCCAACAUUUACUCUUACAACUUAUACAUGUACGCAGCAGUUAGAGGAGGCCAAUCUUCCAAGGCAUUUGAAAUCUUGGACAGCAUGCGAAAUGCCAAUGUCAUGCCCAACACUUUUACAUACGAUACCCUAUUGAAAGCUCAUGGAGCUUCUGGCGACUUGGUCAAGAUGGACAACUUAUUUGCCGAUGUAUUUGUGCAAGCCAAGAUGGCCAGUUCAUCCUUCCUCUCCAGUAUUGCUCAGAACAACAGUGUGAAGCCUUCAACCGCGACAUUCACUUCGUUGAUUGAUGCUCAUGGAACUACUGGCAAUAUUGAAGGGAUGAUGCAUAUUUAUCGAAAUAUGAUGCCACAGUAUAAAGUCAAAAGCGAUAUCCAUGUCUACAAUGCUCUUAUUCGUUGGUGCUGUCAAUACGGACAAAUUGCUACGGCCAAGAAGAUCUUCUUCGAUAUGGAAAGUACGGGUAUCAAGCCAAACGUAGUCACAUUCAACUACCUUGUCAGACAUGAGGCCCUCAAGCAAGGACGAGCUGGAGCAGCCUAUCAAAUCAUGCAAUUGAUGCAGCGCAUCUACAAUGUUAGACCUUUACAAUCAAUGUACAAUGCUAUUAUCAAGGUUCACAUGAAACAUAGACGACCUGAAGAGGCCAAAGAAGUUUUUCGAGAGUGGCAAACUGGGCAGAUGGUGAGGUUACCAGCGAGUCGUGAAUGAUCCCCUACAAAAAACCACCACUAGUAAAAAAUUCCCUCCUUAUCCUUUAAAAAGUACCUAAAGCCCUAAAAUAUCUGUGAAUAAAGUUUUUGUUUUUUAUGGCAGCAGCCUUCAUUGACUGUCUGUACCCCCCUUCUUCA